AUGUCUGGUACAGAAAACAGCGUCGGGGAUGCAAACCAGACGCCAGACACUUCUGGUGGGGAAGAGGAAGGUGACGAGAUAUAUAAUGAGCUUGUUUUAGAGGAUCCUAAUGCAAUUGACAUAGACCUCAAUCACUGUCGCAUUGGGAAGAUCAGAAAUCUAGAGAAUGCUGUUCAAGCUGAGACGCUGUGCUUGCGCCAGAACCUGAUCAAGAAUAUUGAAGGACUGAGCACUCUUGUCCACCUGAAGGAGUUGGAUCUGUAUGACAACCAGAUCACAAAGAUUGAAAACUUGGAGCCGCUUGUCAGCUUGGAGCAUCUGGACCUGUCCUACAAUCGUCUGCGGAAAAUCGAAGGACUCGACACAUUGACGAACUUGCGGAAACUGUACUUGGUCAAUAACAAAAUCAGCAAGAUAGAAAACAUCAACCAUCUGACUCAAUUGGAACUGUUGGAGCUGGGAGACAAUAGGAUCAGGGUGAUAGAGGGCAUCGACCAGCUGACGAACCUCCACCACCUGUACCUGGGCAAGAACAAAAUUACCAAACUACAAGGCUUGACCACUCUCCGCCGACUCACUUGUCUCAGUGUCCAGAGCAACCGGCUGCUCAAGAUUGAGGGGCUGGAAAACUUGACUGAGCUCGAUGAACUUUACCUCAGUCAUAAUGGGCUGGAGAAGAUCGAAGGACUGGAGAAUUGUACUAAACUGACAACCCUGGACCUGGCAGGAAACCGGAUUAAGAAGAUUGAGAAUAUUGAACACAUUGAAGAUUUGGCCGAGUUUUGGUUCAAUGAUAAUGCCGUGGAUUCGUGGGAAGAGAUCAAGACACUGGCCAAGUUGAAGAAAUUAGAGACAGUCUAUAUGGAGAGAAACCCGAUUUAUUACGACUGUGAGGGAAAAAUGGACCCAACCUAUCGAAGGAAAAUCUUGCUGGCUUUGCCGUGGGUCCGGCAGAUUGACGCUACUUUAGCAAGAUGA